AUAUUAUAUGAACUUAUUCAACUUAUUGGAUAUUAUUUAUUUGAGUUUUUUAAAUUUAACAAACAUGAAAAGUAGACGUAUUCAAUUAUAGUUAUUACCAAAUUGUUCGAUUAUAAUUAUUGUAUUAAGUAUAGUAUAGUUUAUAAACUUACUUGAAAUAUGAAUUCUUCUAAAGUCUUGAGAUGUAGCAUUCAGUUAACAAAGCUACAUAAAAUCAAUAAUAUUCCUGUUGGUCGUAGAUUUUCUACAAAUUCUCAACUAUUACGGCAAUAUUCAAAGGUUGCUGGAAUCGCAGGGGCAGGCAUUAUAAGUAUCAUAGCAUAUGGACUUACAUCUGACUACAAAGUGUAUGCCUAUUCAAAGAAAAAUAGAGAAAAUGACGAAUAUCUAAGCGGUCUACACUUGACAUCACGCGAGAAACGUUUCAUCAAGUUCGCUUCAGUUGAGUACCAUGGACAGCUUUAUAUGACUCCGCAAGACUUUUUGGAAUCAUUCGUAGAUGAGCAGCCUAGAGCUCGACUUCAGAGACACUUAAUGGUAGAUAAGGAUUUGGAAGAAAUUCGUGAUAAAGUACCUGGGCUAAAAAAGGGAUCUUCACAACUUUUUCGAACACUUCGAGACAAAGGAAUCAUAUCUUAUACAGAAUAUUUGUUUUUAUUAUCCGUGUUGACCAAACCACAGAGUGGAUUUCGUAUAGCAUUUAAUAUGUUUGAUACAGAUGGUAACCAUAGGGUAGACAAAAAUGAAUUUCUGGUGAUAACACGGCUCCUAGCUGGAAAACCAGCCCUCAGAAUAGAUCUUAAUAAACAUGCUAAAGAAAUUUUGUCCCAAUUAUCUACGAAACAAGUCGCUGUCAAACAACGAGUGCCGGAGGAAGAUUCAAACAUCAUUAACCGCGCUGCUGAUGAUUUGAUGGAAAAAAUCUUCAGCCAGUCUUGGAAAGACAAACACGGCGUGGAAGACGGCAAGUCUGACACGAACAAAAUAGACGCCAACGAUUUUGUGGAUGACGCUCAGGGUUUACAAAAGAAACAUUUAGUCGACACUACAUUGAUCGUUCAUUUUUUCGGCAAAAAAGGAGACAACGUGCUACUGUACGAAGACUUCAGAAAUUUUAUGGAAAAUCUUCAAACUGAAGUACUUGAAAUGGAGUUUCAACAAUUUGCCAAAGGAGGAGAUACCAUAAGUGAAAUGGAUUUUGCCAAAAUAUUAUUGAGAUAUACUCACCUGGAUACAAAUCUGUGCGAUACAUAUUUAGACCGAUUGUUGGAGAGAAUAAAAAUGGACAAAGGAAUACCACCAGGCAUUUCGUUUGAUGAAUUUAAAGUGUUUUGUCAAUUCUUAAAUAAUUUGGAAGACUUUACUAUUGCUAUGAGAAUGUAUACAUUAGCCGAUCACCCAAUAUCUAAAGAUGAAUUUCAUAGAGCUGUCAAGAUAUGUACUGGGACCAGUUUGAGCAAGCAUCUUGUGCAUACCGUGUUCGCCAUAUUUGAUGAGGAUGGUGAUGGUCAGUUGAGUUAUAGAGAGUUCAUUGCCAUUAUGAAGGACCGACUAAAUAGAGGAUUCAAGUCGUAUACAAAAAAUGAAGGAUGGGAUGCAUUCAAAAUCUGUUUAAAACAUGAAAUUAAAACUCCUAAUUAAUAAUAACCUCUUGUUAACAUUAAUUUUUAUUUUAUUCAAUGUUUGUGUUUUUUUUUUUAAUUAAUUAAGUAACUUGUUUGUUUUUUCAAUUAAGAAUUUUAAUAGCUACUUAAAUUAAAUUAACUUUUUUAUGUAGAUAUGAAUAAUAUAGAUAAUGAAAAAAUGCACUUAAAAAAAAAAUGAUUACAUAUUAAAAAUUGUUUAUUAAGAAUACUUCACAAAAUCAAAUUUUAUAUGUAUAAAAAUACAGAUUAUUGUAAACUGCAUUAGAAAUAUAUAUUACACAUGCUUGUUAUUAUAAGUACAGUAUUAAUUAUUAAUAGGAUACAAUUUGUACAUUUUCUUAUAUAUUUGUCAUUUUACAUAAUUGUUUAUAUAAUUUAAUGUUUUUGUUUUAGUUAUAAGCAUUUUUAUUAAAAAUAUAUAAAUAUGUCUAACUCUUAAAUUGACAUAACCAUCUUAUUGACAUCUUAUUGAUUUGAGAAAGCCAUUAAUCAGCUGCAUACUUAACAACCAGGAAGAAUACUGCAACAAAAGUUUGAAAAUAUUUUGAAUACUACAUUGGUAUUAAAUCAACACUUUAUAUUAAAAAAAAUGUUUGUUUGAUUGAA